AUGGGUCCUGCUGCAACGGCGGCCAGGUAUGGCAUCGUGACCUCCGAGGUAGCCUGUUCAGCUACGGCCUUGCUUGUGUGGGACGUGUUGAUCAACCUUGACCGGGAGAUUGAGUAUAUAUGGAGCGGACGAAACGGCUGGGUGAAGUGGACGUUCCUCCUCAUGCGACACGUACCAUAUUUAAUCCAAGGAGCUGUGUUGACCCUGGUCGCAACCGCAGGACACAUCUGGGAAAAUUGGGAAUGUAAAGCUUGGAUCGCAUUCCAGCUAGUGGGAAUAGAGGCCCUCACGAUCAUCGUAGAGGUUGUGUUGAUGGUCCGCGUGUACGCUAUGUACAACCGAGAUCGCGCCGUUCUCGCUCUCAUCAUAUUACUGUUCGUGGCGGAGGUCGCAGCCAUGUGGAGCAUCCUCGCUAUUUCCAUUCCGCAGAUCACAUUCACUUCGCAAUGCUUGGUAACUACCACCCCGAAGCUGUUCCCCGCUUACUGGACGCUCUCACUGGCGUUCGAAACCACACUCUUCGCGCUGACCCUGCUUCGCUUCGCGAGUACGGUCGCUGCGGCCCCAGUACAUCGACAUUCGAUUCUAUUUGUCCUGGUGCGCGACGUGGUCAUGCUCCUUAACACUGUGAUGUACCAGACACAACACAACGCUUUGGCAGGCGUAUGCUAUUUCUGGGAGAUAUCGGUCAUGGCGUUCGCGGGUUCUCAUAUCCUGCUCAACCUACGACAGUUAGCAGUAGAGCCUCGCAGUAGCUGGCAAGACCCGGAUUCAGAAAGCGAGCCGUCGACAUUCGAGAGGAUACCGCUCCCCGAGGUUCGUUUCGCGAGGGACACCGAGAUACAGCCGCUACCGCAGUUGCAUGUGUAG